AGUCAUCUGAUUGUCAAAGUAUUUGUCAUCAGUUUGUUUUGGUAAUCUUAAUUUCACAAUCUUAAGUUUAAUUAAAAGGGUGGCUGCUAUAUUUAAUAGAACAUAAGUUUUAAUAUUCACCAUGAUGGACUUUUUCUUUGGUAAACAACCAACAGUCAAAGAACAACAAAGGCAAAAUGAUCGGGAACUGCGUAAAGCCACUCGAGAUCUGGAAAGAGACAAGGCAAAUUUGGAAAGAGAAGAAAAGAAACUUGAAAAUGAAAUAAAAAAGCUAGCAAAAGAAGGAAACAAUGAAGGUUGUAAAAUAUUGGCAAAACAACUGGUGCAGAUGAGAAAACAGAAAGCUAGGAUUUAUAAUGCUAAUAGUAAGAUUUCCAGUGUUCAAAUACAAAACAAGACGAUGGGUGCAAACAUAGCUAUUGCCGGGGCGAUGGGUACCACAGCUAAAACUAUGGACAGCAUGAACAAGGUCAUGAACCCACAACAAAUUGCCAAGGAUAUGGAGGCGUUUAGACAUGCCAAUGCCAAGAUGGAUAUGACCGAUGAAAUGAUUUCAGAAACUCUCGACGACAUUAUGGACGAGUCUGGCGACGAAGAGGAAACUGAAGGAAUUGUCAACAAGGUUCUCGAUGAAAUUGGCAUUGAAAUCAGUGGAAAGAUGGCCGGCGCUCCUUCCGUGGCUCGAAACAAACUCGGAGAAUCUUCAAAGGAUGCUGACAAAGAACUUUUGGAUCAGCUAGCGAAACUAAAGUCCUAGUUUUAUAUUUAAUAAAUAUGAAUAUUGUUAAAUAAUGUUAAAAAUAUUGAAUGUAAAGCACUUGAAAUAUAAUCUCUUUUUAUGAAUUUA